GAGAGCAGAAAAGGGAAGAGGGGGCGGGGUUUCCAUGCUACUCAGCAGCGGAGGAGGGCUGUGGGGCUGGUCUCCCCCGACUGAAACGCCACUUUUACGCCUCAAGUAUUAAGACCGCUGCUCACCCAGCUCAUCUGCCUUCCUCUCUAGUCACCGGCUAGUUGGUGGGGUUUUUUUUCCCCUCUGUGACUCGGUAUGCGGCAUGAGAAAAUGUCUAACGUCAACUGGAAGCCCUUUGUUUUCGGCGGGCUGGCUUCAGUAACGGCGGAAUGUGGGACCUUUCCAAUCGACCUGGCCAAGACUCGCCUUCAGGUCCAGGGUCAGGUGGGCGACGUUAAAUACCGAGAGAUCCGGUACCGAGGCAUGCUCCACGCUAUGAUGAGGAUCGGGAGAGAGGAGGGGCUCCGAGCUUUGUAUUCAGGGAUUGCUCCUGCCAUGCUGCGCCAGGCCUCCUAUGGGACCAUAAAAAUUGGCACAUACCAGACUUUUAAGAGGCUGCUAGUUGAAAGGCCAGAGGAUGAGACGCUGUUCACUAAUGUGCUGUGUGGCAUUCUCUCUGGUGUCAUUUCCUCCUCCAUUGCCAACCCUACCGAUGUGCUUAAGAUCCGCAUGCAAGCUCAGGGAAAUGUGAUCCAGGGCAGUAUGAUGGGCAACUUCAUUAAUAUUUACCAGGAGGAGGGAACAAGAGGACUGUGGAAGGGAGUCUCUCUAACAGCUCAGAGGGCAGCUAUCGUGGUGGGGGUGGAGCUUCCAGUCUAUGACCUCACCAAGAAGCAUCUGAUCUUGUCAGGCCACAUGGGGGACACCGUGUACACACACUUCUUGUCCAGCUUUGUGUGCGGCUUGGCGGGGGCUUUGGCCUCAAAUCCAGUGGAUGUGGUCCGGACGCGCAUGAUGAACCAGAGAGGAGGAGCGCUGUACCAGGGAACAUUAGACUGUCUGCUGCAGACGUGGCGCUCUGAAGGCUUCAUGGCCCUCUACAAGGGUUUCUUUCCCAACUGGCUCCGCCUAGGACCGUGGAACAUCAUCUUCUUCCUCACCUACGAACAGCUGAAGAAGAUCAGCGUGUGAUCAGCAGAGCAACACAGCGGAGAUGAGUGUGAGCGCACGCUCUGAGAUGAGCCGAGAGGACCAAAAACAGGAAAGGCUGGAUGGUGACGGAUGCUUGAUGGAGCCAGCAGGGGGACAGGGCACGCAAAUGCAGACCUGCGUUAAGGGUCGGAAUUUGAAUUUCCCAGAUUCCUGUUUGGGCUGUUUGUCUCCUGAAACCUGUGGCAAAUGUGGACACAACUGUGACACACACACACACACACACACACGUUAUAUUUUUUCUCAUCUAAGUGCUACGUCAGGCUAAGCAACUUAUUUAAAUUUGCUAUUGCUUCAUGCGGCCUGAUUUGUUGACUGGGAAACUUUUAGGACACAACAAUCCCAGGAACUUGUUUAAAGAUGGCUCUAAUGUUGCCAGGAAAACAUGAGGCUUCUACACAUUAAGUGCUCUAAAACUGAGUGCCUUAGUAUGCGAUGCAGGCUGUCUAGGCCUGAGCCGCAAGCUGACAUUCGCCAUGAUCACUCUCUUUAUGAAAAGAUUCAAAAAUAUGUUUGCAUGCAGGAGGUGACAAACUUGGACAUGAUGUUUUUCUUUUUCUGUAUUUCUAAAUUUAAAGAGAUGGGUGUGGAAAGGUUAAAUUAUUUAGUUUUCCCUGAGGUGUUUAGCAAAGAGCCAAGAAUACAUCCUGGUGUGCUGUAAUAAAUAAGCUACAUAAACAGGCCCUUGUCCAUAUGUGGUGAGAUUUGUGGUGCCUCAUGCCAGCAAGUGCAGACAGUGAGUGUAACCUUGGGCAGCUGGGGUUUGAUGCUGUGCUCCCUGGGAUAUCAUUUAGUCUGCUGGAAAACACUGCAAAUGCAGAAGUUAUAUAAACCUGCAUAUUGUACAUUAUAUCGCCUCCAGGUUCAGUCCACUGAGAUAUGAUGCGGUGCAUCGUUUUGUGUUUAAAGGCACUUAGACCACUACACGUGAUCCGCAGUUAACGCCAAAUGUAUUUUCAUAUACUGUAUUUGCAUCCUGUAAAUGUGAGCUGUUAUUGUGAGGAAUGAAAAUGUCACUGGCUCUUAUGUGUGCGUGUGAGCUAUCGCUGCUGCCAAAGUGUAAGCCAGUGUAACUUUUGUUAUACUUUGUUGAUGUAAAUGCUUCAUGCGUAUUUGAAAUAAUAAAAAGAAGAGGAG